AUGCUAACAUCUAAUGAUAAAAAGUCAAAGAUUAAAAGCUUACUUAGUUAUUUUCCUAGUAAAUUAAAUAAACAAUUGAAACAUGAUAUACCUAAUUUAUCACAAGAAGAAAAUAAAGCUAUUUAUAAUUUGUUAAAUGAUAAAUCAAUAACAAUUUCUAAAGCUGAUAAAGGAAAUGCGAUCGUGAUAUUGGAUAGACAAGAGUAUAUUAAUGAAGGAAAUGAAUUAUUAAAUGACAAGAAGGUUUUUAAAAAGAUUUCAUUUAAUUUAACUGAACAACGUGAACAAUCACUUAUUAAAUUUCUUCUAAAAUUAAAAAAUAAUAAAAUUAUUAGUGAAAAAGUUUAUAAAGAAAUAAGACCUAAUACUUGUUCCAGAACACCUGAAGCAUAUUUCUUAGUUAAAGUGCAUAAAGAAAAUCAACCUGUAAGACCAAUAAUAUCCAGCUACAAUUCAUAUAAUUAUAACACAGCUAAGUAUUUAGCUAAAUUAUUAACCUCUGCUAUGACAUGUAACAAGUCUUAUACUAAAGAUUCUUUUGAUUUUGUUGAAAAAAUAAAAAAACAUAGAACAACACCAGGAUUAUUAUGUUCAUUCGAUGUACGCUCUCUUUUUACCAACAUACCGUUAGAUAAAGCUAUUGAAAUUGGUAUUAAAAAUAUUAGAAAAUAUAAUAAAAACAUAAAAUUGAAUGAUGAAGAACUCAAUGAACUAUUUAACUAUUGCACAAAAUACUCUAAUUUCACAUUUAAUGAUGAACACUAUGAUCAGAUUAAUGGUGUAGCAAUGGGUAGCCCAUUGGCACCAAUACUUGCACAUUUAUUCAUGAGUAAUUUAGAAGAAAAUAUAAAUAAUUAUAAGGGUAAGAAACCCGAUAUCUAUUAUAGAUAUGUAGACGAUAUUUUUAUGAUUAUGAAUGGAACACAAAAAGAUAUAUCUAAUUUUAAAAAAUUCAUGAAUAAUUUGGAAAAAACUAUUAAAUUUACAGUUGAAGUACAAGAAGAAAAUAAAUUACCUUUCCUUGAUGUUAUGGUAGAACGAGAAAACAAUUUAUUAAUUACAUAUGUAUAUCACAAACCGACUGAUACUGGACUAUAUAUGAAAUGGACUAGUAAUCAACCAAAACAAUAUAAAAUCAAUCUCAUUAAAUGUUUAUGUAAUAGAGCAGUACGAAUAUGUUCAUCUGAUGCAUUAUUAAAGAAAGAGUUAGAUUAUUAUAACAAAACAUUUCUUGCUAACGGAUAUCCACUUAAUAUAAUUAAAAAAACCAUGAGAAAAAUUGAAUUAAAUAAAACUAUUAACACACAACAAAAACUUACAAAUACAGAAACUAUUUACAUCUCAAUGCCUUAUUAUAAUAACUUUUCUAUCGAAUUAGCUAAAAAGGUUAAAAUGAUAUGA